CUAGGUAUCCUUUAUUGAAGCAGCAGCAAUACGAUACUGGGAGCUAGCUGAGCACAUAAGACACGGCCAGAGCACUGAGAGAUAUCAGGUAUUGAUGUAACUGGAGUGAAUAAGGGAACCUUCUUCCUGAGCACAGACAUUGGAGCCUGUUAUCAGCAUGAACUCAUAUGUGUUAGACAAACACGCAAAUAGUUCAUAUCCAUCCUUCACUACACGAAGCAUCAGAAUGAUACCGCAAACUCCAAAAGUAUUAGACACUAAGGACUAUUCACAAACAUUGGGGAUAUCACAGCAGAUAUUUAAAGAAGAUGAUGAAUUGGCAGGAACUGGGCAGCAAUCAUUAUGUACAGAGAGUAAUUUAGUCAUCAAACAAGAGGACAACAUUUAUGACUUAUCUAGUGAAAUGAUUAUCCCUGAGGAUAAACCACAGACAUUUACUGAGUUUUCAAAACCUAUUAAAGAAGGGAAAAGUCUACAGUCUAACCAAAUGAUUCAUACAAAUAAGAAACCAUUCAAAUCUUCAGAAUGUGAGAAAAGCUUUAGACGGAAGUCUCAUCUACUAGAACACCACAAAAUUCACACAGGUAAGAAACCACACACAUGUACUGAGUGCGGCAAAUGUUUUACACGAAUGUAUCAUCUGAAAACUCAUGAAAGGAUUCACACAGGGGAAAAGCCUUUCACAUGCACAGAGUGUGGAAAAAGUUUUACACAAAAGAGUGAUCUGAAAAAGCAUGAAAUGUUUCACACAGGAGAAAAGCCUUUCACAUGUACAGAGUGUGGAAAAAGUUUUACACAAAAGAGUGAUCUGAAAAAGCAUGAAAGGAUUCACAGAGGAGAAACGCUAUUCACAUGUACAGAGUGUGGAAAAAGUUUUAAACACAAGAGUUAUCUGAAAACUCAUGAAAGAAUUCACACAGGAGAAAAGCCUUUCACAUGUACAGAGUGUGGAAAAAGUUUUACACAAAAGAGUGAUCUGAAAAAGCAUGAAAUGUUUCACACAGGAGAAAAGCCUUUCACAUGUACAGAGUGUGGAAAAAGUUUUACACAAAACAGUUAUCUGAAAACUCAUGAAAGGAUUCACACAGGAGAAAAGCCUUUUACAUGUACAGGGUGUGGAAAAAGUUUUGCACAAAAGGGUGAUCUGAAAACUCAUGAAAGGAUUCACUCAGGAGAAAAGCCUUUCACAUGUACAGUGUGUGGAAAAAGUUUUAAACAAAUAAAUAACCUGAAAUAUCAUGAAAGGAUUCACAAAGGAGAAAAGCCUUUCACAUGUACAGAGUGUGGGAAAAGUUUUACACAAAUGUAUCAUCUGAAAACUCAUGAAAGGAUUCACACAGGGGAAAAGCCUUUCACAUGUACAGAGUGUGGGAAAAGUUUUACACGAAUGUAUCAUCUGAAAACUCAUGAAAGGAUUCACACAGGGGAAAAUCCUUUCACAUGUAAAGAGUGUGGAAAAAGUUUUACACAAAAGAUUAAUCUAAAAAGGCAUGAAAGGAGUCACACAGGAGAAAAGCCUUUCAAAUUUACAGAGUGUGGAAAAAGUUUUACACAAAAGAGGAGCAUCAGAGUUCAUGAAAGGAUUCACACAGGGGAAAAGCCUUUUACAUGUUCAGAGUGUGGGAAAUGUUUUACAGAGAAAAGUCAUCUGAAAUAUCAUGAAAGGAGUCACACAGUAGAAAAGCCUUUAACAUGUACAGAGUGUGGAAAAAGUUUUACACAUAUGAAUAAUCUGAAAACUCAUGAAAGGAUUCACACAGGAGAAAAGCUAUUCACAUGUACAGAGUGUGGAAAAAGUUUUACACAUAUGAAUAAUCUGAAAACUCAUGAAAGGAUUCACACAGGAGAAAAGCUAUUCACAUGUACAGAGUGUGGAAAAAGUUUUACACAAAUUAGUAAUUUGAAAACUCAUGAAAGGAUUCACACAGGAGAAAAGCCUUUCACAUGUACAGAGUGUGGAAAAAGUUUUACACAAAAGAUUGAUCUGAAAACUCAUGAAUGGAUUCACACAGGAGAAAAGCCUUUCACAUGUACAGAGUGUGGAAAAAGUUUUACACGAAUGGGUCAUCUGAAAACUCAUAAAAAGAUUCACACCGGAGAAAAGCCUUUCACAUGUACAGAGUGUGGAAAAAGUUUUACAGAAAAGAGUGGACUGAAAAGACAUGAAAGGAUUCACACAGGAGAAAAGCCUUUCACAUGUACAGAGUGUGGAAAAUGUUUUACACAAAAGAUUGAACUGAAAAGGCAUGAAAGGAUUCACACAGGAGAAAAGCCUUUCACAUGUACAGAGUGUGGAAAAAGUUUUACAGAAGAGAGUCAUCUGAAAACUCAUGAAAGGAUUCACACAGGAGAAAAGACUUUCACAUGUACAGAGUGUGGAAAAUGUUUUACACAAAAGAUUGAACUGAAAAGGCAUGAAAGGAUUCACACAGGAGAAAAGCCUUUCACAUGUACAGAGUGUGGGAAACGUUUUACACAAAAGAGUGAUCUUAAAACUCAUGAAAGGAGUCACAAGGGAAGAAAGCUUUCACAUGUUUAGAAAGUGGAAAAAAGGUUUUUAUUGAAAUCAGAUAUCACAAAACACCAAAUAUUUACACACACAUAAACUUUAUAUACACAGUGUACAACCUUUUUACAAUUAUCUUAAAGAGGAAAAGCUCUCUAAAUAGAAGCAUCAAAAAGGAUCGUAUUGUAAAUAAUACUUUCUAAAUCCCAGUUAAAAAAGCCCCAGAUUUUAAGUGCUCCGAUGCACCUCAAUUUCUCUCAUAUAAAUGUGAUAGAAUCCAAACACCACACUGGAAUAUACAAAUCUGUCCUCAUCCAGUUUACACAACCAUUCACCACCAAAGCACCCCCAGUGUUGUUUAUUAAUAUGCCAGUGUUAGAAGUUGUAUGUUUGUUUUACAUAGGGGAGGAAAUAAUUACAUUUACGUCUUUAUAUGAAUAGAGUGUUAGAGAAUUAUAUAAACAAGAACAUCAGUCUCAAAUGAUUGACAUCUGGGACAUAUAUUUAAUGCGCACAUCAUGUGGAUAAACCUUUUCUUAUAAUAAUAGAUGCUUAGCAUUGCACAUGUUAUAUACCAGAGGAAUUACUGAGGGGAAACUGAUUUUAUUUAAUGAGACACAAUAUCAGUAACCGGUACAUACGGUGAUCAUAAUCAGUUUAAUUUAAAUGGCUACUAUAACCUACAUGUAUACUGGGUAUGUAAUAUGUGUGUCAUGUUCUGUAACUUGUUAUUAUGUCUGUUUUAUAUAAGAUAAAAC